AUGUUCUCUUCAAUAUCCAGAAAAAGACUGUCUGCCAACAUUAUCACUUCACUUUCGAAUCCAGCCGCCACCUCGAAUGACUAUUGUGAGAAAGACCGGCAGUAUGUGAUUAUACACCGAUCCAAACGUGUAAAAACCAAUUCAUAUGCUCCUGUUCCCGAACUUCUUCGAAACUAUGAAACCAUUCAAAGGGAGCCAAAGUCACUAAGUCAGCUUGUUGAAUUCAUCAAAAAUCGACAGAAUUCCGAUACUGCAACUCAUAUGAGAGUGUAUGUUCCAAAUGGUGCUGGCGGUAUGGAACCUCAAACGGUUGAUUUAGAACAAGAAUUGACAACUGUUGAUAAUACCAAUAAUAAUAAUGAUGAUAAUUACCACUCUCUUUAUCAUUUUGGCUUCGGACGUAACACCAUUUUCGGUGGCCCUACUGUCUUGAUAUUUUUUGGUGCUCUUAGUACCGCUCACCCUGACUCAUUCAACAACUGUCAUAAACUAUUAUCUUCACACUACGGAGCGCAAAUCAUGGGGAUCACUGCCAACUUGACUUCAGAUACCACCAAAAAUUGGAAUUACGGCUUUCCGAUUCUAAGUGAUGACUGCGGUGCUCUAGCUCGGUUUUUCCAAGUUUUAGAUCCUAUGGGUGGUGGAGUUUAUCCCUUGGAUAAGUUGAUCAUUAUUGAUAGUAAUGGUCAAGUAAGAGCUGAUGCAACAGUGGAAAAUAAAUUGUUUCUGUUCUGUAAGCAGGGGAAGUUUGAAAAAGUAUUGACUCAUGAGGAAAUAAUUAUUAAUUUGGUAGAAAGUCUUGAAUAUUUAAAAGGGUUGUGA